ACCAACCCCAGCAAGGGAAGAAAAGAUCUCCAUCCUCCUCUCCCCAUCCUUGAAGAGAGCUCAAACAAUAGAGGUCCAAGAGGGAAGAUUUAAGAGAGAAAAAGCUAGGAAAAGUGAGAAAGAUUAAGGAACUUGAUUAAAGUACUUUGGAGCUUCGCCGGAGUUUCGCCGGAGUUGGUCAAAGUUGGCCGGAGUUGGUCAAAGUUCACCGGAAAUAGUCAAAGUUCAACCGCGGAGCGUAGAACACGCUUAAGCUCACUUAAGUUUCAGGUAGAACUUGAAGGGUGCUACCAUCACCGUUGCUUCGGGCGGAUUAUCAAGGAGAGGAGACGUGAAAUGGAACGCACCGGUAAAGUCACCCGACGAAACCCGACUGGCCAGGCGCCGGGAAGGUCCCAACAUGGCAGUCGAGGGGCAUCAAGGGUGUCUCGAGGGCAGGGCCGUGCAGGCCACUCGCUGACCGUUAGUGACGGUCAUGUUGAAACAAUUGACGAGCAUUAUGAGUCCGAGGAGGAUUCAACGUACCGACCGGGAACGGAGCCGGUUGAAACCCCAUAUGAGGGGGAAGAUGAUGACAUUAGUGAGGGGAGCGACGAUAAUGACGCCCUCGAGCGGAUUGAGGAAUUGCUUCGGCAAUACCAACAAGAUCGCCAAAGGCGCCGGGCAAGGCGUGCUUCGGGAGGGGCUUCGAGAAGAGGGAACCGUGUUAGCUCUAGGGAACAUGAGGAGUCCCGAGGAGGAAGAGGUGCCGAGGUUCCCAUCAUAAGAAUCUCGAAAUACCUCAAAGAGGCGAGAGAGUUGGGAUGCAAACCAUUCGAUGGAAUGGGAGACAUCUCCGUGGCAGCCGAAUGGAUCAAAAGAUUCAAUGAAGCGGCCCUUGAUAUGCAGCUGCCACCCCAUAUGAAGAUGAGAGUGGCAACAAGAUUGCUAGAAGGAAUGGCGUCCACAUGGUGGGACGGUGUCAAGGGGAAGUAUGGUGAGGCGGUCACUUGGGAGAACUUCAGGCAAGAAUUCUUUAGCCAAUACUACUCCGACUUCGAGGUGAACUUGAAGAGGAGGGAGUAUACGAAUUUGACCCAAGGAGGGGAAUGCACGGUGAAGGAACUUGAGCACAAAUUCAGAAAGCUUGCCGAGUUCAUACCGGAGUACAUUUGUGAUGAAAAUCGGAUGGUGAACCAUUUCUGGGAUGCCUUGGACCUUGACAUACGUGAGAGGGCAACACAAUUGCCUAAUAUGACAUUUAGUCAAGUCGUGGAACAAGGGUUGAAAGGAGAGAAGGAGUGGGAAGAGAGGAAGCGAAGAAAUGCCGAGGAGGCAAAGAAAAGAAAAUGGGAGAACCAUGGCCCCCAGGGUUCAAACAAGAAGGGGAAUCACGGGGGGGGAGGAUCCUUCAGGGCACCCGCACCACCAUCAAGGGGGAAUCCCAACAUGAGUGGGCAGAACUCGGGAUCACAAGCCCCGACGAAGCCUAAGUGCAGGAAUUGCAAGAGAAAUCACGAGGGCAAAUGUCGUGAUCCCCCACGGUGCUACCAAUGCGGAGAUACGGGGCGCAUAAAGCCCAAUUGCCCUCAACUCGGUGGGAACCGGUCAUCAGGGCCAAGCAGUGCAACCAUGGUGAGUAGAAACCGGGGUGGGGCACCCAAUGCAAGCACGAACCACGGCGGGGCAAGUACAAGCAACGCACCCUCCGUGAACCAAGGAAGGGCUCAAGCGAGAGUGUACGCAAUGACCGAGGCCGAUGCUCGGGCUAAUCCCGACUCCGUCGCAGUUUCAGGUAGAACUUGAAGGGUGCUACCAUCACCGUUGCUUCGGGCGGAUUAUCAAGGAGAGGAGACGUGGUUCGUGCUUCCUCCGUUUCUGUUUUAAAACAUUCAAAUUAAUGCUCAUGGAUACUAUUUUCCGAAUAAUUAUUUAGGGCUUGCACGCCCGUGUUUGCCACGUGUGGCUCGAAUGCUUGUAUUAAUAUUUCCGCUGCUUAAUUAAAUGAUUUACAUUGUGAUUGUUUAUGGAUGUACUAAUGUGAAUGGUAUUCAAGACGCCUUGUAUAGUAUGGAUGAGUUGGACUGCGGUUGACUAUUCGUACUGUACGGCGGGUUGUUGACGUGUCCGGGAAGGUCCGGGGCGUGACAAGAAGACUUCAUUAUCUACAACCUAGGUGAAUGAAUUAUGUCCAAAUUCGUAGCGGAACAUCCCCAAAAUCCCAGCACAAAACCGGCGCCGGAAUUACACCAUACCAGAGCCAGUCUCAUGCCUUUCGCACACAAAUCGCAAACCAGUAGCUUAACUGGCGCCGGUCUGCCCUUAUAACCGGCGCCGGUUAUGUUGUUUUUCAGAAAUUUUCAGUACGCAAAGAAGAACCGGCGCCGGUCACGUCGGAUUCUGCAUAAAACACAACGACGUGCUCCAUAUUUUUGAUGGGAAUACUUCAUCUUCUUCAUGAUUUCAUAAAAUAUUUCUUUCAUACCGAAUUGUUGGGCUCAAGUAGACCAAAAGAUGUCAUUCUUUAGCCUAUAUAAAGCGUUCAAUUCAUCAUACAAAGACAUUCCAUUCCAUAGAUUAAUUCCUAAUGUUUAUAUUUUGUUCUAGCUAUUUUUCUUCAAGUUCUUGAGGAAGGAAGUUCAUCCUUCAAAAUCAUUGGUGUUAAGGUAUUAUUUCCUUUGUAAUUUCAUGUUCCGUUACAUUUCAAUAUUGUAUUGUGAUUAAUAUGAGCAUUAGAUAGAUGCUAAUUUCUUAGUUAAGGCUAUAAACUUCUAUGCCCACUAGGUGUUUGAUAAAAAUUCUAAACCAAUAAAUUGUGAUUUAUCCUUUAUAUUUUGACUGUUUAUGACUAUGGUGUACAACAUAAAAGUAUGUUAAAUGUAGUUUAUGC